AUUCCGUUUCAACAUGGCGUCCAAGUACUACCAGGAGAUGCAGGAGAGCUUCAGGAACAACAACAAGAGCCGAGAGUUCCCGGCUCACACCGCUAAAGUCCACUCUGUGGCCUGGAGCUGCGACGGGAGGAGACUUGCUUCCGGAUCCUUCGAUAAAACUGCCAGCGUUUUCAUCCUGGAGAAGGACCGGCUGGUGAAGGAGAAUAACUACCGAGGCCACGGGGACAGCGUGGAUCAGCUCUGCUGGCAUCCAACCAACCCCGACCUGUUCGUCACCGCCUCCGGAGACAAGACCAUCCGCAUCUGGGACGUCCGCACCACCAAAUGCAUCGCCACCGUCAACACUAAAGGAGAGAACAUCAACAUCUGCUGGAGCCCCGACGGUCAGACGAUCGCUGUGGGGAACAAAGACGACGUGGUGACGUUCAUCGACGCCAAGACGCACCGCUCCAGAGCCGAGGAGCAGUUCAAGUUCGAGGUGAACGAAAUCUCCUGGAGCAAUGACAACGACAUGUUCUUCCUCACCAACGGCAACGGCUGCAUCAACGUCCUCAGGUAGGAGAAGUGCAUUUAGGAUUCUCCACAAACAACCUCUGUGUAGAGUGGUGCAAGUCCUAAAACCUUCCCUCGUCUCAGAGUCAACGGUUAUUUGAACUAGUUUUUGGAGAAUAGCUGGAAAUAAGGUCUGUGGUUGAGACAAAUGUAAGAGACGGAUCACGUUUUGUUCCAUGAC